CAAUCAAUCAAUCAAUCAUGUCCUCUGGAAACGCUAAGAUCGGCCAGCCCGCCCCCCAGUUUAAGUCCACCGCCGUGGUGGACGGCCAGUUCAAGGACGUCCAGCUGUCCGACUACAGAGGGAAGUAUGUGGUGCUGUUCUUCUACCCCCUGGACUUCACCUUCGUGUGUCCCACGGAGAUCAUCGGCUUCAGCGAACGCGCCGGCGAGUUCCGCAAGAUCGGCUGUGAGCUCGUGGCCUGCUCCACCGACUCCCACUUCAGCCACCUGGCCUGGAUCAACACGGCCCGUAAGCAGGGCGGCCUCGGCCAGAUGAACAUCCCCCUGGUGGCCGACCUCAACCACUCCAUCUGCCAGGACUACGGCGUUCUCAAGGAGGGCGAGGGCAUCGCCUACAGAGGGCUGUUUGUGAUCGACGAUAAGGGCAUCCUGAGACAGAUCACCAUCAAUGACCUCCCCGUGGGGCGCUCCGUGGACGAGACCCUCCGCCUUGUGCAGGCCUUCCAGCACACCGACAAACACGGAGAAGUGUGCCCAGCUGGUUGGAAGCCCGGCAGUGACACCAUCAUCCCAGACGUCCAGAAGAGCAAGGAGUUCUUCUCAAAGCAGUGAAGAGCCCCUCCCUGCAGUCCCUGACCACACACACACACACACACACAGUUACUGUCACACACACACACACACACACACACACACACACACACA